AUGUGUUCUAGGAACAUCUGGAUAGCACGUAAUGAUAUAGAUUUCUCUCAAGGGACUUUCUCAGUUUCUCAAAUUUUGAAGAAAGCAGAUUGUGAUUUUGUUUUGUGUCUGGAGAACUUUUCAGGAAAUUACGACAUUCAAGAUUCUAUCGUGCAAACAUGGUCUCCUCCUGAUUAUCCUUUCAUUAAAAUAAACGUUGAUGCAACAUUUAUUCCCAAUAAGGGUGCAGCAGGAGCAGUGGCGCAAGAUGAAAAUGGCAGAUUUCUGGGUUGUGCCUCCACCACUUUUGAUUGUACUUCCUCUUUGUUAGAAGAAACUAUUGCCUGCAGAUUAGGUGUGGAGUUUGGUUUGAAUAACAACUUCUCAAGAAUCAUUAUUGAAGGAGAUGCGACCAACGUGACUGCUGCUGUUCAAGGAGAUAUGUGGGACAUCCCUUAG